GCAGUUACAGGCAAGAUUGAGCAGCAUGUUUCUGUUCAAUUUUGUCAUCUGUGCCGGCCUUGUGCUGUCCCUCCCUCAGCACACCCAUCAGUCAUGCACUGACGGGAAACCCAUGCAGUGUCAAAAUGCAGAGUACGCUCCGGGUGCCAAUUUGGCCGGGGAAGGCUUCGACAUCACCAAACUGGAGCGUAAGGGUGCCUUUGUGAUCGACAUGAAUCAGUGGAAACGCAGAGACAAAACUUGCACCCUGUGUACCAAUCCCUACAUGGAGAACAAAUGGCAAAAGCUACCCUUGUCUGUGUUGGACUGGAGGGCAAAGCAGUCCUGCAGCAAUAAAGUGGCCAGUAAACUCCACCGGUCCAGUGAGUCUCUGGUCAGUUCUAGCUCUGCAUCUAUUGAAAACAACUGGCAGAUCAAUCUAGACGUUAAUGUGGGUCCAAGAAGCGGCUCACUGAUGUUGGCUGGUGCCCAUUCUAAAGUGGCUGAGUAUUCUAUGGAAAAGACCAAGAAGGACAAGUUCAGUUUCACAAGUCAAAGCAUAUCCUGUGAGUAUUACAGCUACAGAGUGAGCAACACCCCCAAACUGCACAAAGAGUUUAAAAAAGCGGUGAAACAGCUUCCCAAAGAGUACAGCUCUGAAUCCAAGCAACAAUUUUACAAUCUGAUUGACAACUUUGGCACACAUUACAUCACUAAGGUGAAGUUGGGGGGAAGUGUUGAAUCUGUGACCAGCAUCAGGCAGUGCCAGGCCAGCCUGGAGGGCCUCAGUGUGGAGGAGGUGCAGAUGUGCCUGGAGGCUGAGGCAUCUGCCACCUUUGUGGUUGAGGUAAAAGCUCAAAAUAAAUUCUGCAAAAGGGACGCUAACAAGAUGGAAAGUAAAUCAUCGUUCUCCAGCCACUUCGGUGACAGGUUCACAGAAAUAAAGGGAGGCCAUACCACAGAGCCUGAUCUUCUCUUCUCUGCUGACAAAGAUCCAUCAGCCUAUAAGGAAUGGCUUACCACACUCCCAGAGCACCCAGACAUCCUUUCAUAUUCCCUGAAGUCACUUCAUGAAUUAUUACCGCGUAACCCACCUCUCCAGAAGAACCUGCGCUCAGCCAUCAGCCAUUACAUCCUGGAGAAAGGCCUGUUGAGGAACUGCAGUGAAAGCUGUCGGGCCGGGAUCAAGAGCGGCUCGAAGGAUCCCUGUGUCUGUCAGUGCCACAACGAUCCAGCUGUUAACCAGAACUGCUGCCCGACCCGUGUGGGUAUGGCACAGGUCAUCAUAACCGUACAGCGGGCCACUGGUCUUUGGGGUGACCACACAACUUCCACAGAUGGUUACGUGAAAGUGUCCUUAGACACAAAGUUAGUGCAGCAGUCUCCUGUCAUUAACAACAACAACAACCCACACUGGGCCAUGGUGGUCCCCCUGGGUUCUCAGGAUCUGUCCUCACUCCCUAAGGUGAGAUUUGAAGUGUGGGACAGGGACAACCAAUGGGAUGACGACCUGUUGGGAGCAUGUGAGCAAGUUCUGUCUGCUGGUGUCAAGGAAGAAAUGUGUCAACUGCAGCACGGCUUGCUGUACUACAAAUGGGAGGUGAGAUGUGCCCCGAGCCUGAGUGGAAAUACAUGCACAGAGUAUAAGUCUUCACCUAUGAGUUCAAGCCUGAACAGCCUGUAUGUGUCCCGUCAUGCCCACCCAAUUCCAAAGGCCCUCCUGUUAAAGAUGGGUGUGUUUGUGGACAAAUCGAGUUCCCAGGGAAACCAGAGUCUUACAGCUAAGAGUCACAUGUUUGACGUGGUGUAAUCUGAGGCCAAUGUAGCAGCUGCAACUCAGUUGUGGAAAACGUUCCUAUUAUUAUGUCCAAUUUUGGCUCAGUAUGCUUUGCUUUUAAGCCUUCAACUAGCAGUUUCUAUGCAUGAACUGUUAAUGAAGCUACAUAGAUUAUUAAAAUGUAAUGUUAUAAAUGUAAAAAAUAACAAAUAAUAAAUAAAAGCUGUG